AUGGUGGCUGGAAUGAAGAGAAAACAAGAGGAGAACACGGCGGCAGGGGAUGAGGAGGAAAGUCGGAGAGAAGGGAAUGAGAAAACACGAGAGGAAGAGGCAGAUGAACGGAAUGAGGAAGGAAGUGAGGGAGAGACAGAGGAAGCAGGCAAGCGGCAAGGAAUAGAUGGGAAAGAAGAGAGAGGAAUUGAUGGACUCUUGAGGCCUAGCCGGCGCGUAAUGAGAGGCGAAAUGAGAGACGGCGUGAGAGGCGGAAUGAGAGGCGGAAUGAUAGGCGACGUGAGAUGCGGAAGGAGCCGCCUUUACCCCUCCCAUUCCGCCCUCUACCGCCUUUACCCCUCCCAUUCCGCCCUCUACCGCCUUUACCCCUCCCAUUCCGCCCUCUACCGCCUUUACCCCUCCCAUUCCGCCCUCUACCGCCUUUACCCCUCCCAUUCCGCCCUCUACCGCCUUUACCCCUCCCAUUCCGCCCUCUACCGCCUUUACCCCUCCCAUUCCGCCCUCUACCGCCUUUACCCCUCUCAUUCCGCCCUCUACCGCCUUUACCCCUCCCAUUCCGCCCUCUACCGCCUUUACCCCUCUCAUUCCGCCCUCUACCGCCUUUACCCCUCUCAUUCCGCCCUCUACCGCCUUUACCCCUCUCAUUCCGCCCUCUACCGCCUUUACCCCUCCCAUUCCGCCCUCUACCGCCUUUACCCCUCCCAUUCCGCCCUCUACCGCCUUUACCCCUCCCAUUCCGCCCUCUACCGCCUUUACCCCUCUCAUUCCGCCCUCUACCGCCUUUACCCCUCCCAUUCCGCCCUCUACCGCCUUUACCCCUCCCAUUCCGCCCUCUACCGCCUUUACCCCUCCCAUUCCGCCCUCUACCGCCUUUACCCCUCCCAUUCCGCCCUCUACCGCCUUUACCCCUCCCAUUCCGCCCUCUACCGCCUUUACCCCCCCCAACCCUAA